GGGAGAAGUUUUAUUCGGCGAUUGAUCGAGAAAAACCUCAUAGAAACAGCAGUUUGAAGAUUUUAUAUUGCAUCUUAUCAGAGACAGCAAGAAAACAAAACAUUAAAAGGAAGCUGUGGAGACCAAUGUCAACCCCAGUCCCCCUGGUCUUGAUACAAUACAUCAAGAUGGUAUUAAAUUACCUGGGAGUUGACAACGAAUUCAUGGAGAGAAUCAACUCUAAUGGCAAGAAAGGAAGACAUCGGAGUCUAGUGAGACAGAUCGGUACCCGGCUGCCUCUUAAACCAGUCAAGAGAGCUCAUUUCCAGAUUGUAAAUAGCCAGUACUACUCUGCAAGACAAGGAAGAAGGUCCCACUCACAGUUCAUUGAUGAUGAUUGUGAGCCUGUAUUCAUCGCUAGCCUGUCAGAUGUACCAUGGAUUGAGAACUGUAGCCCAGAGAAGAAUAUCAGGGGAAGGUCCGAGUACAGACCCUUCACAAGCCGUAGAAAAAUCUUAAGAACGCCUCGCAGGAGGACAUGCUUCAUCCAUCGCCCCCGGGAGCCGGAUAUCUCCGAGCUAUCAGAGCUAGUAACACCCGGCAAGGAGUCCUUCUCAGCGUCUCUGUCGAUCUUGGAUGCAUCGACCCCUGUUAGCGACCCUACAGCUCUGCAGAAGAUCGGCCAGUUGGAGGAUGAGCUUGGGAAACUACGAGCUCAGAUUGCAAUGAUUGUGACUCUUCAGAGUCAACCAACGGCAGGUGCUGUACCCUCCCUGCCAGCUCCUGUACCCCAGCCCUGUGGGGCACCUCCGCCCCCACCACCCUGUGGGGCUCCUCCACCCCCACCCCCACCACCCCCUCCCCCACCGUCCAUGUCAACCCCAACUCAGGCCAUCAGUGUGAAAGAACAAAUUAGACGGAAUCGUGCAAAGAAGGGGCUCGACACAACCAGCCAAUCAGAUAAAAGUAAGAGCCAACCUGACAUGGCCGACGUACUGAAAGGUCUAGGUUCAGUCAAGCUACGUACUGUGGCAAGGUCACCGGGUGGUACACCAAUCCGUCAGAAGCCCCGCCCCUCAAUGGCAAACGAUCCAGCCGCCCUGAUUGCCCAAGCUCUUAAGAGAAAGUUUGCAAGACAGCGAGUUGACGAUAGUCCAGACAAGGAGAACAAGGCUUGGAAUGUGAGCCCAUCACCCAAGAAAAACAGCCCUAGGAAAGACAGCCCAAAGUUCGGACAGUACCUACUCAAGUCGUCUAACAAGACCCAAGUAACAAGACCUGGUCGUCCCCUUGUUGAGCUGAAUGUUUAACAUUGUGAGUAUGUGUGCUGAUGCCGGAGGCCCUCUACACCAAGGAGUAAUGACACGAAUGACUGGAAUAUAAAAUGUUUGGUAAAAGCAAACGUGUGCUUGAAGUCUAGUGUGAACCAGUCUGAGAAGUGUUUCAGUAUUUUUGUGGGAUUUUUCCUGAAAAUAAAAUUGGUUGUAUUUCUGAAACGAUGUCAUUUGCAUACUUUUGGAAAAUAUUUUGAGGACCACAACCAAAUAAAACUUUUAAAGUGUUCUUCUAAAGAAUAGCCAGACUAAAUAAGCUGGACCCAAUUUCAUGGCUCUUCUUACCACCGAAUUAUGUGCUUACCAUCACCAUUCUCUGCUUACUGAGUAACCGCGGAGAAUUUCUGAGCUAGCUAUGUAAGCAAAGAAUGCCUAGUACUGUGGAAUACAAGUGAAAACUCCCUGCUAACCUGUGAAGUACGCUUGGAAUUCCCUGCUUUUGUAAUCGCAGAUCUUUUGCUUACAAUAAGCACAGCCAUGAAAUUGGGCCCGGUUGAGCCCCGAGUCACAAGGUUCAUUGUUAAAUAAUAUUGGGUAAUGAAACAUUGAGUGUUCUGAUAUUUGUGUCUGAUUUUGUGUUGGUUAGGCUGAGGUUCCAGAAGUGCGCACAAAUAUUAUCUUUUGAUUGUAAUUUUAACUGUGUAAAGCUCAUUGAUACUCACCAUGUUAUGUGAAAUUACGAUCACUAAGAAACUGUACAUUAUAUACAUGUGUAAAUACAGUUGUAAUUAUUUUGGGUGUAAAUUUGUCAGGUAAUGAGGGACCAUGCUUUGGGUGCGUCCGUUUAGCUUCCCUGGGUCGACCCCGGUCUGCCCCGGUACGUUCGAAUAGCUUU